AAAGCAACGCAGCGAGACGUGUGCUACGCAGUUGACGAGUGUUCGUAGGUGGUUCAACCAGUGUGCGCGUAAAACUGUAAUUCUGUUUCUUCUUCAUUCUACUUUAAAUAUCAACGAAUAUUACAUUCUUGUUUUCUUUUUCGGAUCUUGUGUGCGUUUUUUUUUUUUUAUUGUGUACGUAGGUGUGUAUAGAAAAUGCAUGGCUCUGUGUGAGUAUCUAAGCUGAGCGCGGCUGCCAGAGCUCAAUAAAUUGUGCGAAAUUUGAAGAGAGAGCAACAAUAAAUGCAAAAAUAACUGUUAGCGUGUCUUUAAAGUGCGUCGUAUGAUAAUAUGUUAAUUGAGUGUUGCUAAGUGUUUGCUGAUUAUUUUUGAAACAACAAAUAUAAUUAACGAGAGUGAGAGCAACAACAAUAACAACGAACUCGUAUAUCAAAGCUAGCAUAAAAUGCGCUUAAAUUAGCGCAGAUUUGGAACAACAGCCGGUAAUCGUAGCAGACAUCUUUAGUUGACUGAGUGCCCCAGCGACAGCAUGGCCCUGAAUCAGGGCAAGUACAAGCCGACAAUCUGUGCCAUCGACGAGGUGGACGAUCGCAGCUACAAGCUCCACACGGGCCCCGACGAUGAGCGCGUCGGCCACGGGAGCAAGCUGCAGAUCGAGGGCAGCGAAACGGCUCCAUUGACCACCAAUCAGCAGAAGCUGCACAGGGAUGAUGCUGGCCUGACGCCCAAGGAGUUGGAGGCGGCGCGCAAGGAGGCCCUCAGCGAGGUCAGUGGCGCGGGGGGCGGAGUUACGCCCACAGCGAACACACCGAACUCGACGCACGCAUCAGCGAAUGGACUGAGAGGACGGCGCUCCUUCGAUGCACUGAUGAGUCUGUCGCGCAAGCGCCGCAUUCUCUACGUGGCCACCGCCUGCCUGUGCGCGCUGCUGCUCGUGAUUAUCAUCAUGCUGCUGGCGUUCUGGCCCGAGGUUCCGUUCCAUUUGCGUGCCCCGCUCUGCCUGCAGCGCGAGUGCGUCGAGAGCAGCCGGCAGCUGCUGCUCUGGGCGAACACGACGAAGAGUGCCUGCCACGAGACUUACGACUGGGCGUGCGGCAACUUCGCCGACGAAUACGCCAAUGGGGACUACUAUGUGAUCAAGCGCGGCGAGUGGAACUACAAGACUUACAAUGAGUAUCAGGAACUCAACGAACUGAACCGCUUCAUAUCCAUGCUGCCCAAUGUCGCGGAGCGAGCCUACGCCGUGGAGUCAACCAUCAGCAGUCUCUAUCGCAACUGCCGCGACAUCGAUGCCCUGGACAAGAGUCAAUCGGAUCUGUUGCUCAAGCAGGCCAUUAAAUCUGUGGGUGGCUGGCAGGCAAUUUCGGCAACGAAUCGAUUGCAGAACUGGGAGUACAAGAAUGCCCUGAAAUUACUGCAAACGAAGUUCGGGAUCUUUCCCUACUAUCGGGUCAGUGUGGAGAACAGCUACAAUGUGCCCUACGACUACGUCAUAACCCUGGACGAGGGCGAGGUGGGACUGCCGGACAAGUUCUUCUACGGCCCGGACGCCGACGAGGAGGUCGUGCGCGGCUAUAAGCUGCUUCUGCGUGACUUUGCCAUCAAUAUGGGCAUUGUGUCGCGCGAGGCAGAUCUGUUUGCCGAUGACAUCUUCCACUACGAGCGGCGCAUCGUGCAUCACAUCGAGUCCGCCAAGGGGCGUGGCGAGCGGCAGCAGAACAAGCUCAUCCGGCUGGCAGAGCUGAAGAGCAUCGCGCCAUCGCUGCCCGUUCUGGAGUCGCUGCAGGCCAUCUUUCCCAACACGCGAAUCAGUGAGGAGACGGAAGUGUUGGUGCCUGAUGUGGAAGUGUUUCACGAGCUAUCCACGCUGAUCUCCACAUCGGACAAGAAGCCCAUUAACAACUUCAUUAUCUGGUCGCUGGCGCGUCAAAUGUUGCCGCACCUGUCGAAGGAGUACCGCACGCUGGCGGAGCACUUUGAUCAUGCCAUCUAUGGACGCACAGCCAGUUAUCCACGCUGGCUGUUUUGCAGCAAGGUGGUGCGGGAUUGGGUGCCCUUUGCCGUGGACGCGCUGCAGCAGCAGCCGCCCAAGCAGCAGUUCGAGGGUGCGGGGCGCGUGCGCAGCAACGAGCCAAACGGCCUCAACAAGACGACUGGCAAUGAGAAGUUCCUCCAGUUGAUGUUCUACAGCUUGCGUAACCAGCUGCAGGAUUCGCUGGCGCAGGCCAGCUGGCUGGAGCCGACAGCGCGACAGUUCAUGCACAAGAAGCUCGCCGAGAUGCGGCUGCAGUUCGGCAUACCCAACGAGGUGCUCGAGCAGCCGGACUACAUCAGCAACUAUUACAACGAUCUGCUGCUGAGCAACCUCAACUUUGUGGAGCACUUGGAGUCCAUUUGGACCUUCCGCCGGUCGCGCAUGGAAAACAAGCUGAAGACCUUGGGCAUGCUGGAUGUCAUUGUGUCCGAGAUGUACACGACGGAUCAUCCACAGCCCAUUGCCUAUUCGAACAAGCUGAACAUGCUGCUCAUAUCACGCGUGCUGGUGAACAACAACUACUACGACUAUCGCUAUCCUGUGGCCGUGAACUUCGCGCGCAUUGGCACGGACAUUCUGGAGACGCUGAUCAACAAUUUCCCCACCUUCCUGCUGCAGUUCAAUGCCCAGAGCACGGACAUAAGCGAUGCCGUGCCGGAGAUUGAGUACGCCAAGCCGGAUAUCAAUUGUCUGUCCGCAGGCCAGCCGCCGCACCUGGUGCAUGAGCUGCGCACGUUUUCACCGGAGGCGCUGAAGAGCUUCCAUGUGACACUGAGCGCCGCUCGGACAGCCGCACGAGCGCUGAGCACCUUUGUGACGGCCAUCGAUGCUGGCACGGCCAUACAGGGCGCCGGCAUCGACCAGGCGGUCACCUACGAGGCGCUGGGCCUGACUCGGCGACUGCGUGUGCCUGGUCUGCGCUCCUUCAACGAGAACGAACUCUUCACGCUCGCAUAUAUGCAGCAGCACUGCAGCACGACGAUUGCGGACAAGGACUACGCGCGCAUCAAGCCUCAUGUGGAGCGGCAGCUGGCCGAGCGCUAUCUCUUCAAUGCCACCUGGCAGCACAUUCAAUUCCUGCCGCGCUCCACGAACUGUGCCGCCUCCGAGGUCAGCUGCUCCAAUCUGCUGUGAGGGCACAACUUGCCGCAUGUCCCCACGGAUACUGUGUGUACAAUUCCUUAGCUCAGCAACGUAUUUAUUGUACUUUUUUUUUUAUAUAAACAAGCACACACACACACACACAAACAUAGGCUUACAUAUAUAUAUUUAUGCAUAUACAUAUAUAUGUAUAUAUAUAUACUCACAGGCGGACACACAAAUCGCACUAAGCAUAGUCUGUAAUUAAGUUAGUUUAUGUGUAAUAAGUAGCCAUUACUUUUAAAGACACAGCAUUUGUAACACACACAAGACAAACCACUAUUGACAUCACACCUACAUACACACACACACACCCAUACACAAACACUCACACCCAUUGACACUAACUGAUUGUGUACUCUUCAAAUUGUCGAACUAAACUUACAACUUACAAGACGAUAAAGACAUAUUUGCAUGGCUCCGAUCGACGGCAUAUUCCAUAAUUCUAGAGUGUCUAAUUUGUAGUACUAGUUACUAGUUAGUUGCUAAGUGCAUUGACCGCAACUGUAUAAAUUGAAUUUAAUUUCCAUACAUUUGACAAAGUAAUUAAAUAAUAAAACAGAAUGCGAAUUUUUCCAGAAA